AUGAUCAGAAGUAGCCUGCCAGCCCUGGCUGAGACCUCUCUGCCCCAGCUGGGCUCCCACCUGCCCCCCCGGCUGAUGCAGCAGCCCUGGCGCCUGUUGUAUUGCACUGGACGGGACGGCUUCAGCCUGCGGACCCUGUACCGGUAUGGGGCCCAGACGGGCUCCCCAGCCCUGCUGCUCAUCAGAGACACGGAGGUGCAGGCCUUCGGUGUCUUCUCUGCCACCGCCAUUUGCUGGAGCAAUGGCUUCUAUGGGACAGGGGAGACCUUCCUCUUCUCCUUCUCCCCAGAGCUAAAGGUAUUCAGGUGGACGGGCAGGAACAACUUCUUCAUGAAAGGUGAUGUGGAUCUGCUGAUGGUCGGUGGGGGCAGUGGUAGAUGUGGGCUGUGGCUGGAUGGAGACCUGUACCACGGGGGCAGCCACCCCUGCGAGACAUUCAACAACGAGACCCUUUCACUUGGGUUCUGUGUCCAGGACCUGGAAGUGUGGGGCCUGGCCUGA